AGAGGUAUAAAGAAAAGAAGAGAAGCGAAGAGAAGCGAAGAGAAGCGUUCGCGAUCGAUUCAAAGUGUGCGCCAAAUUGGUCGGUAGUGGUACGGUUAACGCAUGCGCGAGAAACGAACGAAUGGGGUGACUCGUAGGGUAUAGUAGAUAGUGUCUGCCGAUAGGUGGCAGCUCGUACGGCGAGCGAGGGCGCAGAGUCGGCGCGCGCAGCGCCGUUCAUCGAUAGAACGAGACGAGGAUUGGUCGAGAGCGCGUAGGAAGAGGACGAGGCAAGCAGAGCCGUUCGCGUAUCGUCCAAGUGAUGCGGUUUUCUCCAGUGUCGCGUAGAGUGUAGUGUGUCUCUCUCGCCUUCCUCUUUCCCCCCUCCGUAUUUCUUUGGCGCGUCGAGUGUUCAGUGUGCGUCGAUGUGGAGGUGGUCCGGGCUUCUUCUUACCGAUGACUAAGGAGUGCAUUUAGUGCAAGGACUGAGAAUACCUGGGAGCGUUUGAGAAGUACAUCCCCCGAGACCCCCCCAGCCAAAAUCACACGCCUAACCUCUCCCCUGUCCUCCUUAUCCUCUUCCGCACCCUUUCCCUCCGCAAACUACGACAAGAAGACGUCUCAUCACAGAAGUAGCAGUCGUGAGCACGCAAUGGACGGCAUGGAUAAUAAACCAGCGCUCAAUGAUGACCCUUCGGUCACUUUGACCAUUCGUCUGAUUAUGCAGGGCAAGGAGGUAGGAAGUAUCAUCGGGAAAAAGGGAGAAAUCGUCAAAAGGUUCCGCGAAGAGUCCGGUGCAAAGAUCAACAUAUCCGAUGGAUCUUGUCCUGAACGGAUAGUGACCGUAACCGGGCCAACGAAUUCGAUCUUCAAGGCGUUCACGUUGAUAUGCAAGAAAUUUGAGGAAUGGUGCUCCCAGUUCCACGAUAUCCAGGGUGGUGGUGCCGGUGGUGGCGGUGGCGUACCAAGGCCACCCAUUACACUGAGACUGAUCGUACCAGCUUCUCAAUGUGGCUCGCUCAUCGGUAAAGGUGGCUCGAAGAUCAAGGAGAUUCGCGAGGUUACAGGCGCCUCGAUUCAGGUCGCCUCUGAAAUGUUACCGAAUUCGACCGAACGAGCGGUCACCAUAUCGGGCACGAGCGAAGCUAUAACGCAAUGCAUAUAUCACAUCUGCUGUGUUAUGCUAGAGUCCCCUCCCAAAGGUGCCACGAUCCCUUAUCGCCCCAAACCCCAAGUUGGUGGGCCACUGAUCCUGGCUGGUGGGCAAGCCUACACCAUCCAGGGUAAUUACGCGGUGCCCGCCCACUCGGACGUAAGUACAGUAUUGCCAUUGCCCGCGCCCGCUGCCGGGCCCACCCCGCCCUCGCUGAACACCCAAACUUUGACGACCUCGCCCUUCGCGGCCCACCCUUCCUCCUCGGCCUUUGCCGCUUCUCACGGGCAUCCUCUCCUAUCCACCGCCCACCUUACCAGCCCACAUCAUCCUCUACACCCAAGCCCCUUACACGCCAGCGUGGCAGGCCUCGCCGACCCCCUGCUGAAGAGUGGACACUUGCAGGCAGCCCUCCCGCCCGCACACCUCGUGGCAGACGCCAUGGGCAAGCUUGGCAGUAAUCCUCUUGCUGGCUUGGCGGCUUUGGGCCUUGGUAGUCUCGCCACUCCUGCUAAUACCGGUGGAAUUAAUCCGGCAGCAUUGGCGGCACUAGCGGGUAGCCAGUUACGUACGAACAACACGAAUCGGCAACAGCCAGCGGCGAACAAUCAAACGCACGAAAUGACAGUGCCGAACGAGUUGAUUGGUUGUAUCAUUGGCAAAGGUGGUACCAAGAUAGCUGAGAUACGUCAGAUAUCAGGUGCUAUGAUCAGAAUUAGCAACUGUGAGGAGAGAGAAGGUGGUGCCACGGAUCGUACGAUCACCAUUACAGGAAAUCCGGACGCUGUUGCGUUGGCACAGUAUCUCAUCAAUAUGAGGAUAACAAUGGAAACGUCAGGACUGCCUGUACCAACGUACCACUUCAUAACGCCGGACCACAUCGUCAAAUCACCGAUUCAUUGAAUAUCGCGGACGUUAGCCGCCACGUAUGGUCGUUAUCGUCGUCGAAAGGACGCGGGGCGUCGCGACGUACGCGAGGAGGCUGUCCCUGGCAUCUGGAAGCGGCUCACUAUAGUGUGUUCGACCAGUUUGCUAAUCGACACGCUUGGGAUGAUAAAAAAGAUAAAAAAUAGAGAAAUAGAGGAAGGGAGAUUAGAGACAAAAAAAGAGGUAGAGAAAGAGAGAGGAGGAGGAUUAUAUUAUUAUAUGGAAGGGAAAGAAAAGAAAGAAAGAGAGAGAAAGAGAGAUGCACAAUCGUAGAGAGAGCGAGAGAGAGAGAGAGAGAGAGAGAGACAAAUUAUACACUCGACACGCACGUAAGAAUAUACACGAGAGAGAAUACACGCUAUGAACACACACCCAUAUUACACGUAUACAUUAAACACACGCGUUUUUUCAUCAUAUUGUAUAUAUAUACAUAUAUAUAUAUGUAUGUAUAUGUAUAGAUAUAUGUGUAUGUAUAUAUAUAUAUGUGUGUAUAUAUAUAUAUAUAUAUGCAUAUGUAUAUAUAAAUAUACGUAAGAUAUCGAGAAUACUCGAUGACAAGAGACAAUGAUGUGUAUAUAAGAGAAGCACACACGCGAUUUCGUUGUUAAUUACGAGAUCACACGCGUACAUGAGAGUAUAUACACGAUAAGAAAGAAAAAAAAAAGAAAGAGAGAGAGAGAGAGAAACACGUAUACACUUUAAACAUAUGUAGAAAGAGAGAAAGAGAAAGAGAGAGGGAGAUAAGGAAAGAGACGAAGAAGACACGCACGCGCGUACACGAACACACUCGAGUGUACAAAACUGUACAAAAGAUAUUUAAACAAAGAUAACAAAGAUGAAAAUAAAAAGAAAAAAAAAAAAUGAAGAAAAGAAAAAAGAAAAUUAAACAUACACACAAACAAUGAUGUACGCCGCAGCCAUCACGCGCUGCUGCCGAUUGGUAAAGGGAACAAGCCAAAGAUACGUUAGUUUUCAUUUUUAUAUUUAAACAAAAAAAUGAUGCGAGAGAGACGGGAGAGAGAUACAAGAGAGAGAGAGAGAGAAAGAGAGAGAGCGAAAGAGAGAGAGAGAAAGAGAGAGAGAGAAAGAGAGUUAGAGUUAUUAAUUAUUAAUUAUUAACUAUAUACGAACGCGAUGAUGAUGCUAAAAAAAUACUCUUAGGGCUGGUCGUUUUAGAAUCUUUUUUUUUUUUCCUCGUCGCGAUCUCUCCGCGCUAGCAACGAUCGUACGUUUAAAUAAAAAAAAAACAAAGAAAAGAAAAGAAAAAAUGAGAGAAACAGGCAAACACGGAAUAGGAAGAUCUCUAAGAACAAAAUGGCGAUGGCCGUCGCUGCUCAGCGCUGAGUAUAUCGACGGGGUAGAAAAAAGAAGAAUAAGAAAUAAAUAAAUAAAUAAAUAAAUAAAUAAAUAAAUAAAUAAAUAUAUAAAUAUCGAGACAAUUUAAUCGCGCGCGCGGUAAUUAAUUAAUUAAAACUACUUCAUUGAUUGAUUGAUUGAUUGAUUGAUUGAUUGAUUGAUCGAUUAAUUGGUAGUUUUUUAAAGUAGCUUUUGCAUGCGAGACUCGAUUUCAAAAUUCUCGGACGAACGAUAAUAUAACAACCGUACAUACGUACUUUUCUCCUGUUUCUUCUUCGAUUUCUAUUUCUACUUCUAUUUCUACUUCUUCCACUUCUUAUUGUAAUUCUAAUUCUUAAUCUGCCCUCUCCGAUAUUUUAUUUCUCUCCCCUUAAACUUCGAUGAUCUUUGUUUCAUUCAUUUUCGCGCGAUCGAGAACGAUCGAGGAUCCUCCCAGAAUCACUGAUUCCAACUUGUAGAAUAACUCAUCUCGAGAUACAAUCGAUAAUUAUUAAUAAUAAUACAUAACAAUAAUAAUAGUAAUUAUUAUUAUUACUACUAUUAUUACUAUUAUCAUUAUCUUUUAUCAAUAAUAAUUAAGUAAUUAAUUACUUAUAAUCAUAAUAAUGAAUAAUAAUUAAUUAAAUAAUUAAAAAGAAUAAUAAUAAUAACAAUGAGUAAUAAUAAUAAUAAUAAUUAUUAUUAUUAAUAUAAUUACUAUCGAUUUUCUCCGAGUUAAUCGUCGCGAAGAUCCUCCGCUUCCGUUUCGAUAUCGCCUUCAACGUCGUCCUCACGGUGUUCUUUAUCUCGACCUUCCCUUCCCUUCCCCCCACCAUUUACAACCCCUUAUUCAAUAAAAGAAAAAACGAAGCGACAACAAGAAAAAAAAAUAAGAAAGAAAGAGAGAAAGAUAAUGAUCAGCAAAAAACGAGAAAAAGUAUCGUACAGACGCAUACGCAUACUAAAACGAUCCAAACGAUCGAUAUAAAAGAAAAAAAAAAAAACAAAAAACAAAAUAUAUAUAUAUAACGGAAAGAAAAGGAAAGAUAAAAAAAUGUAUGGAUUAUUAAGGGAAAAAAAUAAAAAUAAAAAAGACAAAAAAAUUGGAGGCAUUCGUCGCGAUUCGUCGAACACGUUACUGCUAGUCGCGCUCUUCUGUUUUGAAGGAAUGAAAUUAUUACGUGGAUUAUAAAUAACGAUAUAUAUUAAUAUUAUAUAUAUAUAUAUAUUUAUUAUACGAUUAUAAAGAGAGAGAAAAAGAGAAAGAGAGAGAGAGAGAGAGAGGAAGGGAGAAUGAAAAAAAAGAAACAAACAAACAAAGACAUACAAAACACACACGCAAUUAAAGGAGAAGAUAAUAUAUUGAUCGAUAAAAAAUGCGAUUUCUCUCGAAAAAGAAAAGAGAGAGAGAGAGAGAGAGAGAGAGAGAGAGAGAGAGAGAGAGAGA